AUGAUUGAACUAUCCAGGCUCAAGUCUCUCGCCUGGCUGAACAGUCGCUACAUCUACGGCCGCAUUCCAUUAUUACACUCCAUCAUAUUUCUUAUCGAACUAAUCAUGGCUGCAAGACUCAUAGCCAAGUUCAAUUCCUACUAUGCCCAAAAACCCGUCCUGACCACCAUGAUCACCAAUGCCGUCCUCGGUGGGAUUGCAGAUACAGUGGCACAAUCCAUUACCGCCUUUCGUGCCCGACAAGCCCUCCUACCGACCACUGCAGACGCCAGAGCCUUCAUCUCUUCUGGAGUCGAACUCGAAGAUUUGAACGAGAAACCUGCGCGCCUUUCACCGGUCUUGUCUCCCCGUUAUUCAGGCCCUCAACCGUUCGAUUUUGAGCGUCUCACUCGAUUCAUGUCUUAUGGUUUCUUAAUGGCGCCCGUCCAGUUUGUUUGGUAUGGCCGCCUUACAAAAUGGUUUCCUCUCACCUCCAAGAGUGCUACUGUUCCCGCUCUGAAACGAGUUGCGAUGGACCAGUUGAUUUUCGCACCCAUUGGUCUCAGUGUUUUCUUUACCUUCAUGACAGUUGCGGAAGGAGGCGGCAAAAGGGAAAUUACUCGAAAAUUUCAAGAUGUCUAUCUUCCUACUUUAAGAGCCAACUACAUCCUCUGGCCAGCGGUUCAGAUCCUUAACUUCCGCAUAAUACCUUUACAGUUUCAAAUCCCUUUCGUCAGCACUAUCGGUAUUGCAUGGACAGCGUAUUUGAGUCUGACCAAUUCUAGCGAGGAUGAGGUCUUGCAACAGACUGACUAG